GAUAAAAAAUGAUGGUGUUUAAUGCAUAUAAGUCUCACCAGUCUUAAAAAACAAAACAACAACAACAACAAAAAUAUAUAAUAAAAAAGGGCUAAUAAAAAAAAAAGUUCAACUUUAUUUUAUCUGUAUGCGAGAUAUCUCAAAUCAUCUCUGCUUUAGAGUCUGAGUAGGAGUAAAGGUGAACUUCUCAUCAGUGAAGUGAGAACACGCUUCAGAAGCGUUAGGAGAAACCGACAAGGCCGAAUGACUUCACAUUCCUUAACGAAAUCCUAAAUAAGAAACACAAAAUUGGUCGUCAUGUGUAUCGACUCAAACAACUGAUAAUGACCACGAUUAUAUCUAACGAAAGCCCAGUGUAUUUUGGUGUUAUCGUGAUGUUAAUGCUGUAGAACUUGGAGAAAGUGCAUUGGAGAAAGAAAAGCUACGAGAGAAUAAAGGUGUCCAUAAAGGUGCUGUUGAAUAUAUAUUCUUUACGUUUGGUUUGGUUUCUCCUCCAGAAAUGAAAGGUGCUCUGUUUUGAGUGCUCUCCUGCUCCUCAUGGAGACAUUCCUACAUAAGACGAUGCUCUGUUUGAGGAAAACGCUGAACUAUGACGCCCAUAGCAAUCGCUUGUAGUCAGCAAAUUUCUUUCCAUCUCAAUCCUUCUCGUGUACAAAUGCAGGAAGAUAUUAAGUGUGAGGCAGGUUUUACUCCAGACAGUACGCACCAGAGCCUCCAAAGCAUCCACACGAGAGAGAAGCCGUAUCACUGCUCGCAAUGUGGCAAGAGUUUUAAUCGACAGGGCCACCUCCUGACACACCAGCGUGUUCACACGGGAGAGCGGCCGUACCAGUGCUCGCAGUGCGGGAAGAGCUUCACUCAGCUGAGCAAUCUCCACUUACACCAGCGCAUCCACACAGGAGAGAAGCCGUACCACUGCUCCGAGUGUGGGAAGGGUUUUACUCUGCGUGGUCAUCUUCGAACGCACCGCGUCGUGCACACGCGAGAGAGGCCGUAUCAGUGCUCGCAGUGCGGCAGCCGUUUCAGUCAGCCCAGUCACCUUCGACUGCACCAGCGCAUCCACACCGGAGAGAAGCCGUACCUGUGCUCGGAGUGCGGGAAGACUUUCAGUCAGCAGAGUCAUCUCCGAAUACACCAGCGCAUCCACACGGGGGAGAGACCGUAUCGGUGUUCACAUUGUGGGAGGAGUUUCACUCACCAGAGUCAUCUGCAGCGACACCAGCUCAUUCACAGCGGCGUGAAGCCGUAUCACUGCCUGCACUGCGGGAAGAGUUUUACACACGGGAGCACGUUUCAAGCACAUCAGCGCAUCCACACCGGAGAGAAGCCGUAUUACUGCUCAGCAUGUGGACGCAACUUCACUUAUUUAAGUAACUUACAGAGGCACAAGUGCAAGAGUCAGUUAAUGUGAUUCAGCGUGUACACGUCGUAGUUUGCGUUUAUGAUAUAAUAUAACUUUUAGCCUUGAUGUCCUGUUGAAGGAAAAACUGAAUAUGUUCGAUUGUAUUCAUUUUUAUCUUAAAGCUUGUGUUGUACAGGAAUAGUUUCUGUGUAAACUGAAUAAAUUAUAUCCAUCAUGAGUA